GUAGGAGCACAUGCAUUAUUAUUAUGCAAUUACAAAGUCCAAAGGUGAGAGAAAGUGAGAGAGAGAGAGCGUGAGAGAGGAAGAGAGAGAGAAACUUGGUUGAGAUAAGAUGGGAUGCACUUCACUACUCAGAAGUCCCAAGAAAGAAGAACAAGAGGUACCAGAAGCCAUCACCUCCGUUUUACCAAAUUCUGACCAAUCUUACAGCUAUGAAGAUUUCAAUAUUUUGGAGGAACUGGAAGGGGUCUUCAACUCCAAAGAGGAACAAAAGUUGCUGCAACAAGACUCUUCAAGUGGCGAACUCCAUUGGGAUUUCAUGGAAUGGGAGGAAUUUGCUCCCAUUGAAGAGGAAGGAGAAGACGAAAACGAAGGAAAAGAACAGGUAACAGAGAGCACGAACCGGUACCCUUUUGAGGAGCAGCAGAUAAAGAGAGAAAACAUUGUUGGGUUUUGGGAAAUGGAUGAUGAAAAGAUGGUGGCUUUGAACUUGAACUUGAACUAUCAAGAGGUUUUGGAUGCAUGGUCUAACCGAGGCUCUCUAUGGGCUGAUGACUGUUCUCUUUCCUUGGCAACCAACAAUGGCUACUAUAAUGGAGAAGUGCCGGUGUUGGAAGAAGAGAGAGCGAGAAGAGAAGCAAGUGUUCUUAGAUACAAAGAGAAACGUCAGAACAGAUUGUUCGCAAAGAAGAUAAGAUACCAAGUUCGGAAACUAAACGCUGAUAAAAGACCAAGAAUCAAGGUUUCACUUUUGAAUUUUUUGUGUUUCUUUUUGGUGGCAUUGGGUUUUGCAGUAUGGUCAUUUUGUUUGUUUUGUUAUGAAAGCAGCUUUUUCCGAUAUUUUUGUUGUAGGGUCGCUUUGUGAAGAGACACUGAAGUUGCUCCGGAAAGAUCUCAAACCCAAAAUAUCUCCCAAAAUAUCUAAGCCCACUGUACAUUUAUUUUCAACUUCAAACGUUGUUUCUUGUAUUUAUCCAUUCAAAUUAUCUCUCUCA